CCAAACACUCCAUAUCUCCGCCUCCUCCUCCUCUUCCAUUCUCUUCCCCUCCCUGCUUCACUCUCUCUAACCCUAUCUUCAAUUUCAUUCAUUUAUCACCACACAAAAUCUCAAUCUCUCUCUCUCUCUCUCUCUUCAUCCACCAUAUCUUCCUAGAUUCUCUGUGAUUUUCACCAUCAAUUUCUUCCUUUUCUUAUAUAUUUUCCUUUCUUAAUAAAAUAAAAUAAAAUAAAAUACAUUGCCCAAUUCCCCAUGAAAGUUUUCCCCUUCAUUUGAUUUGAAUUCAUUCCAAUCAAGAAUCUAGCAUAGCAGCUUCUGGGUAUAUCGAAAGUUUGGUCCUUUCUUGUUUUUUGAAGGACCCCAAAACCCAACAACAUGGCUAUUCCUUAUCCCCAUUUCAUUUCCUCUGAGAAGGCUGCCAUGGAAGCUGGCCUAUUGGUACCUUCUUCUCCAUCUUCUUCCUCCGUGAUUCUGACCCAGGACGAUUUGAAGAAAAUCGCCGCCUACAAGGCUGUCGAAUAUGUCGAAUCCGGUAUGGUUCUUGGUCUCGGAACAGGUUCAACGGCGAAGCACGCCGUGGACCGAAUCGGCGAGCUUCUUCGCCAGGGAAAGCUUAAGGACAUCAUAGGCAUACCCACAUCGAAGAAGACACACGAGCAGGCUCUUUCGCUGGGGAUUCCCUUGUCGGAUCUCGAUUCCCAUUCUGUUGUUGAUCUCGCCAUCGAUGGUGCCGACGAGGUUGAUCCUUAUUUGAACUUGGUGAAGGGUCGUGGUGGGUCCCUUUUGAGAGAGAAAAUGGUUGAGGGUGCAUGCAAGAAGUUUGUGGUCAUUGUUGAUGAGUCUAAAUUGGUUAACUAUUUGGGAGGUAGUGGUUUGGCUAUGCCUGUUGAGAUUAUACAGUUUUGUUGGAAGUUCACUCUUGAAAGGCUUCAAAAUCUGUUUGAGGAGUCCGGUUGUCUUGCCAAGCUCAGAACUUUUGGUGAAAAGGAGGAACCUUUUGUCACAGACAAUGGGAAUUAUAUUGUGGAUUUGUAUUUUAAGAACAGUAUUGGUGAUUUGAAAGCUGCAAGCGAUGCAAUUCUGCAGCUUGCGGGAGUUGUGGAACAUGGAAUGUUCCUGGACAUGGCUACCACCGUUAUUGUUGCAGGUGAACUUGGGAUAACAGUGAAACAUAAAUAGUUGAAUUCAGACCAGAAAAUGGCUGGAAUAAUGUAGGUGAAAUAGGGGAAGGCUGAUGGUAGAGCUUCUAACAUAUUAUAUGGUUCUUAUUCACUGGAUCUAUGGGAAGAGUUGGUUGAAGAAAAAAGGGGUUGGGGUAGGGGAUUUUUCUUAUAAUCCUUUUAUUAGUAGAUACAAUUGUUGGAGAAUGUAUCUUAAUUCUCCGCUAAUUUUGUUUUUGCUUUUUGACUUAGUUUGAGCAAGCAGAAAAAAAUUGAAACUUGUUGGAAAGCUGAGUAUUAAGCUCAUAUGAUGGCUGUUGUGUGGUACUGAAUCAGUUCUCCACAUAAGUUGUUGUUGAAUUGAUAGUAUUUAAUAUAUUGAACUUAUCUAAUUCAAAUUUUGCUCGUUCUUCCCUUUGAUCUGCUAUUAUUGAAUUGUAUAGUUUGCAAAUAUUGGAAACUCUUA